UCUCAUGGAUACUAGUCAGGUUUGUUAACCGCUGAGCCACACCAGGAACUCCAAGCUUUGUCUUUUCUAACUUUGGUCCAUAUAAUUACUUUCUGCCAUUGUUGUUAACCAAUCUGCUGCUACCAGCUAGACUGUGUUCUGGUUUCUUCUUGAAAGAGGCAAUAAAGGGUUAAAGCAGUGGCGCUACUUGCUGCUGCCAGAUGCUUAUUUGGAGAGAAUUGCUGACUGGCUGAUGACUUGUCCUUAAGGCCUUCUUCUUCUCCUUUUACUCUUUUAUCUUAACCGUCUUGGAACCUCCAAAUCUGAGUGGAAGAAAUGCGGGGUUUGGGGGCCUUAGGCCUCCCUCUCCUGGACCAGUAGUGCUUAAACACCUAAAUUGAAAUUAAAAAGGAAAUCCUAGCUGGAAGCAAUGCCUUUGCAGCCGUUGUCAAUAAUUUCCUUCUUCCUCUUCUCAAAUACUCAAGCAUUUUAUUUGAAGCAGACUGUUAUUUUAAACAGACUGGGAGAUGCCCAGAUGGAGGUUUGAUAAUAAAAAUAAUGUAUUUCAGUAAAUUUUGCCAUCAGAAAAAUGUGUAGCCCUUGACGACUCACUAUUUUUAAGUAAAUGAAAUCACAGAUUAAUGAAAAUUGACUGUGGUAGACAUUUCCUUCCUUCUCAUUUCCUGUGAAAAGUGGAGGUGGAAAAUAGAAUUAUGCAAGAUUAUACUACAUGUUUUCUAUAAGAGAUUUUGAGAAAAUUUCUCAAUUCCUUUUUCUUUCUCCUAUGCAUCUACCCACAUCCUAUGAGAUAUAUGGCAAGUGAUAAAGAUUUGUUAGUCUCAUACUGACCAUAUCAGAUCAGGAGAGAACUUCAGAUAUGAUCUAGUGUCCAACCCUUCUCAUGUUCAGUUCUACAAACCCAGUCCGUCAGAGUCAAAUUAAUUACCCGAGGAUGCCCAGUGAGGUAGGUGGCACACCUAGGAAUGGAAACAACCCUUGAGUUUCACCUUGGGCUCCCCACAGAGACCAAGUUGGUCAUUGGUGGGUCUUUCAGCCAGUGACACGCUAUUACUUUAUAAGUUCAUUUUGAUGUUACAGGUCAAAUGUUUAGUAGCAGUAGAUACUCUUUCUCCCUCCACUAUCCCCCCACCCCCCUGCCAUGUUUACUGAUUUUUGUGUUCUGUUUAAGUCUUUAGUAUACCCACUAGGUGGUGUCCCAAUUCAGAAAUUUUGCUAUGGUACUUUAGAUAGGGUUCUGUGCAAACUGAAAGAAAAGGAGUCAGAUAGAGUUGACCCAUAAUAAUGCUUAAAUACUUUGGGUAAGGUGUUAGAUCUUAGAAUUAAAUAUCAAAAGAAAGUUUAAUUUGUGAACAGAAAUGCUAGAGUUAAAAUGAAAAUGUGUAAAAUAUUUUUACACUUCAGUUUCUUGAAUCUUUAAGGAAUAUAUGUUAGACCUGUGGUAUGAACAGACUUUAAGCACAGGUUGCUUCAAGAAUUUAGGAUUCCUUGUUGUGGUUAGAGAGUGGGAUGAAGGACACAGAGAAAAGAGAGAUUAUAAUUAAUCUGUUGUAAGAGGUUGUAAAUAAUAAACAUGUUUUACUCCAAGCUCAGAGAAGGAGAAAUAUUCUAAAAAGGAAAAUCCAUAGGUUGAGACUCUGGUUUGGAUAUAAAAUGAUUGGUUUUUGUGUUUCAAAAUCCUAACAAUAACUUCAGUGGUUCCAGAUGUUUUUGAUAAAAAUUUGGAAUUGUCACAUCAGCAGCAAAAGCACAGGCUGCAGACUCUCUGCUGUGGAGAGUGCUGAACAGAUCCAGAGAGGAAAGCAAAACAGACUGUGUUUCCCCACCCAGAGCAUUUGUUCUCCAAGAAGGAACAGAAUACACAAGAAAGUCCUUUUAAUGUGUUCAUGUGUACAGAAAGAGUAGGAAAUCUAGAUAUCCAGCCUGUAGCACAAAGCCAGCAUAUAUCAGAAAUUUUUAAAAGUUAAUUUGUCUCAAAACAGGCAUCUGGGCCAUUUCAGACAAUUAUAUUUUGAAACAGGUUUCUCUCUAAUUAUAUAAACUUCAUCUGGACAGAGAUCUUGAUCUUUGUUUUCUUUUGUUUGCCUUUUCUGCAAGGCACAGUAUAUCUGUUAAAUCAGUAUAGAUUAUCUACAUUUAAGUCAACAGUUAGAUGAAGUUGGGAAUAGAAAGACUCUAUGGUGAUUAAAGCAUCCGUGAUCCCCUAGGGAGAUGCCUGGGAACCUUGGAAGCAGGAAACAUUUGAUUCUAAUUAAAAACCAAAGGGAGUGGCAGUGAGGAAUAAACCAUAUUGAGGACAGAGGGGAGGCAGCUUUGUGUUUAUAUGGGGAGGAGGUGGAGUUCUAACUUAUAGCUUGGUGAAAGUUCAUACAGAAAAGAUAAUGAGCUCUCUGUUUUUCCCCACACUAAAGCCUAAAGGAACUUUGUGCCCUAGACCACAUAGUUUCAAAGUAUUUGUAAAUAAAAAUCCCUGGCCAAGUCCCACCCUUUUGAUAAGCCUGAGCUAGAAUUUUACUUACAACUUUGUAAUGUCUCUAAUCAUCUGGUUUCUACCAUUUUCCAUAUUACUCUAAUGAAAAGCAACAUGUUUCACCGUGCACAUUAGUAUCAUCACAGAACCAAGGCUCACUGGGGGCGUGUGGGGAAGGGGAGGGGCUGUACACCUCCUGCCUUGGAUGAGGCUGUGAGGAUUAGGGGGAGAGGGCCCUCCCCCACCGAGGCUCUGAGUUGGUUAGAGCCAUAGCUGUGGUGUGUAAAUACAUGAGACAAAUGCUUGCAUUCUAGCAGGGUUUGCUGCAUUGCUCUGCUUUGAGCUGGUUAGCGACUAGAAUGCCUGACCCAAGGAAACGGUGACUCACCAGACCUUCUAUACCUCUUUUAUAGCUCCUGGAGAGCGUUAUCACCAGCUCUUUGAUAGUGAUAGAAAUUUAGAUAUUGAGUCUCUUUUUCCUUCCAGUUAUGGUCUUUGAGCCCCUCAUUCACACUCUCUUGGUCUAGCUAAGGACUCCUCUAGCCUCUUGAGGAAAAUGUCUGCAGCCUAAUGCUCUUAGGAGAACAUCUUUUCAUUUUUUCCUCUCCCCACUCUUCUUCCCUUUCUGUUUCACUCCGUUCCUUCUCCUUUCCCUCCCAGAUCACUCAUGACUCAAGUGAGAGGAUGAAUUCUAGAACAAGUCUGCCCCUGAGAAUCUUGGCUAGGGUGGGGCUGGAGGGCUCCCAGAUGGUAAAACAGGCCAGCGAAGUAACAGAGCCACAGUUAACAUGAAUGGAGGCUUUGAAGGGGGAAGAAGUCCCAGCCAGGUGACAGUUCUUAGUCACAAAAAGUGCUGACACACUUACCCAUUCAUCCCACUCCUUUCCUCCUAAAUUUUCUUUAAAGCCCUCCCACAUCACUUCUCUCCUCCCCACAAAAAACAACAACAACAAAAAAAAGAAAAACCCUGACCUUUUGAUGAUUUUAAAGCCUUGUCACACAAGGCUUUUGUAACCUCUUCUGGAUCCUAGAGACAUAGCCCUGAAAUAUCUGGCUAGCAUUUUUCUCAUAUUAAAUCACUGGUUUGCAUUUGGCAGAAAGAUACAGUGUGUGCCUUGGGUAGUUUCAGUUUCCCCAACUUCAUGGGACAGAUAAAUAUGUUGUACUUGCCUGUGGUGUUUAGGAUGACACCCCCCUCGCUUUAUUACCAUACUGCCCAGGCAUCAGAGCACUCAGGGUGCAUCUGGAAAUGCCUGACAGAGCCUUUUUCCUAGGGAACAGCGUGAGGAGGAGGGGGGAGGAAGCGGGUUGGAAAAGGAAGCCUUGUUUUUCUCUUCUUCGUCUGUGGAUGAAUCAUGUUCCCACCACUGCAAUUAGGUUUUCAAGCCUCCGGGGCUGCUGGUGCAGAGCUGAAAGGGCAAGUAGUGACGUUCUUGAGAGUGAGGGAAAAGGGGAGAGGGGGCUGGGGUAGGGAAGGGCCAGCGCCCAAGAAGGGAGGGAGCAAAAAGGAGGAGUGGUCUUUUUUUUUUUUUUUUUUUCCUUCCUCUCCUCUUUUCCCUCUGCUGUCAUUAGAUAUUUUCAACUGAAAUCGGAAUCAAGCCCUACUGCCUGGUGAGCAAGAGGCUGACUAAAGACUCUUUACUUUGAACAGAAUCUCAAAGCUUCAGCUUUUUUUUUUUUUUUUUCCCGUAAAGGAAAAAUUGAUUUUCCUUGUCUUCGUUUUUCUUUUUUAAACAAGAGGAUUUAAUGAACAGAUUUUUUUCCUAGCAUCCCUUCGAAAUAGAGUUGCCUUCCCUUUUUCUCUUUCUCUUUUCCUGACAAAGUACAUACUGGAUUUUUAUUGCCUGCUUUGGGCUAUUCCCGCACGUGUGUCGGCCAUUAUGCGCAGCCUGUUAAUUCUUAAUUUUUCUACUGGAGUUAUCGCCAGUGAUGAAAACGGCGUGUGCUUUUCCUUCCGUCAAGAUCUGCAUAAAGUAUAGCAUCAGGAGGCAUUUACUGUUUAUGUUGUAAAUUCAUCAUCCCAGUGCUCUGAAGUUGCCAGGAAGUUCUUGGUUCAAGGAAUUGGGAUUCUGCUUGGUUUCUUUUUAAUUCUUUUUUUUUUUUAGCCCCUUGAGGGUUUUAUGCAUAGAGGAGUCUGGAAGGCACAAGUCCCCUCCAGCUCACUGUGAGAAAUUUGGAACUCUGGACUUGGGCGAGCACACUGGCCCCCCAAGUUGACAGUGGGUACAUCUCUCGCAUCUUGUUUCCUCUCUUCUGCAUUUGGACAAAAUGUAUGAACGGCACAAGAGGCGCUACAGCCUAUGUGACAUCUCCAAGGUGCACAGGACUGUGGACGUGGUGUUGCUGAAGAUAAACCGAGAAAGCUGGUGUACCAUUGAGCCAUGUCCUGAUGCAACAUCUCUUUUGGCUCCCACGCAGAGCCCAGAUUGUGAUAACUUCCUGGAUGUCGGACUAGGCAGAGAGUGUGCCUCAAAACAAGGUGUACUUAAAAGAGAAUCUGGGAGUGAUUCUGACCUCUUUCAUUCACCCAUUGAAGAAGUGGACAGCAUUAUCUUCUCCAAGCCUGAGGAAGAGCAGUUGGCCUGUGAUAUCACUGGAUCCAGUUCCUCCACCGAUGACACAGCAUCUUUGGAUCGACAUUCUUCACAUGGCAGUGAUGUGUCCCUCCCCCAGAUUUCAAAUUUGAACAGGUCCAGAGACCAGCAAUGUCUUAAUGGCUUCUACAGCCAUGGGGUGGGAGCUGAGGGUCGAGAGAGUGAGAGUGAGCCUGCUGGCUCAGGUGAGAUGGAAGAGGAGGAGAUGGACAGCAUCACCGAAGUACCUGCGAACUGCUCUGUCCUGAGGAGUUCUAUGCGCUCUCUGUCUCCUUUCCGGAGGCACAGCUGGGGUCCUGGGAAGAAUGCAGCCAGUGAUGCAGAAAUGAACCAUCGGAGUUUCAGUCUAGAGGGCUUAACAGGAGGAGCUGGAAACAAGCCGUCUUCAUCUCUGGAUAUAAACCCUUCAAACACCAAAGAGCUGAGGCACCCUUUUAGUGGCGAGGAAAGGGGUGACUCUUUGGUGUCACUUUCAGAAGAGGAUCUGGAAUCAGGCCAGAGAGAACAUAGAAUGUUUGAUCAGCAGACGUGUCACAGAUCUAAACAACAGGGAUUUAAUUACUGUACAUCAGCCAUUUCUUCUCCAUUGACCAAAUCCGUCUCAUUAAUGACAAUCAGCCAUUCUGGAUUUGACAAUUCACGACCCUUCCACAACACCAGUGCUAAUCUGACCGAGAGUAUAACAGAAGAGAACUUCACUUUCCUGCCACCAAGCCCCUCCAAGAAAGAUUUUGAAGGGAAAAGUGGAACAAAAGUCAGCCGUACAUUCAGCUACAUCAAGAACAAAAUGUCCAGCAGUAAGAAGAGCAAGGAAAAGGAAAAGGAGAAAGAUAAAAUUAAGGAGAAGGAGAAGGAUUCUAAAGAGAAGGAGAAGGACAAGAAGACCGUCAACGGACAUACUUUCAGUUCCAUCACUGUUGUGGGUCCCAUCAGCUGUAGCCAGUGCAUGAAGCCUUUCACCAACAAAGACGCCUACACUUGUGCAAAUUGCAGUGCUUUUGUCCAUAAAGGCUGUCGAGAAAGUCUCACCUCCUGUGCAAAGGUCAAAAUGAAGCAGCCCAAAGGGUGCCUUCAAGCACAUGACACGUCAUCACUACCCACAGUCAUCAUGAGAAACAAGUCCUCCCAGCCCAAGGAGCGCCCUCGGUCUGCCGUCCUUCUGGCCGACGAAACCACUUCAGCCCCUGUGUUUGCUAAUAGACGGUCCCAGCAGAGUGUCUCGCUCUCCAAGAGUGUCUCCAUACAGAACAUUGCUGGAGUUGGCAAUGAUGAGAACAUAUCAAACACCUGGAAAUUCCUGUCUCAUUCAACAGACUCACUAAAUAAAAUCAGCAAGGUCAAUGAGUCAACAGAGUCCCUUACUGAUGAGGGAGUAGGGACAGACAUGAACGAAGGACAACUAAUGGGAGACUUUGAGAUUGAGGCCAAACAGCUGGAAGCAGAGUCCUGGAGUCAAAUUGUGGACAGCAAGUUUCUGAAACAGCAAAAGAAAGAUGUGGUCAAACGGCAAGAAGUGAUUUAUGAGCUGCUGCAGACAGAGUUCCACCACCUCCGCACACUCAAGAUCAUGAGCGACGUGUACAGCCGGGGCAUGAUGGCCGACCUGCUCUUCGAGCAGCAGAUGGUGGAGAAGCUGUUCCCCUGUUUGGAUGAGCUGAUCAGUAUCCACAGCCAGUUCUUCCAGAGACUCCUGGAGCGGAAAAAGGACUCUCUGGUGGAUAAAAGUGAAAAGAACUUUCUCAUCAAGAGGAUUGGGGAUGUGCUUGUGCACCAGUUUUCAGGAGAGAAUGCAGAACGCUUAAAGAAGACAUACGGCAAGUUUUGUGGGCAGCACAACCAGUCUGUAAACUACUUCAAAGAUCUUUAUACCAAGGAUAAGCGUUUUCAGGCCUUCGUUAAGAAGAAGAUGAGCAGUUCCGUCGUACGGCGGCUCGGCAUCCCAGAGUGCAUAUUGCUUGUGACCCAGCGGAUCACCAAAUACCCGGUUUUGUUCCAAAGAAUAUUGCAGUGUACCAAAGACAGUGAAGCAGAGCAGGAAGAUCUGGCUCAGUCCCUGGGCCUGGUGAAGGAUGUGAUUGGAGCUGUGAACAGCAAAGUGGCAAGUUAUGAAAAGAAAGUCCGUCUCAAUGAGAUUUAUACGAAGACAGAUAGCAAGUCGAUCAUGAGGAUGAAGAGUGGUCAGAUGUUUGCCAAGGAGGAUCUGAAGCGGAAGAAGCUUGUGCGGGAUGGGGGCGUGUUUCUGAAGAGUGCGGCAGGAAGGUUGAAAGAGGUUCAAGCGGUCCUGCUUACUGACAUUUUAGUUUUCCUUCAAGAAAAAGACCAGAAAUACAUCUUUGCGUCACUGGACCAGAAAUCAACAGUGAUCUCUUUGAAGAAACUGAUUGUAAGAGAAGUGGCACAUGAGGAGAAAGGUUUAUUUCUGAUCAGUAUGGGGAUGAAAGAUCCAGAGAUGGUGGAAGUCCAUGCCAGCUCCAAAGAGGAGCGGAACAGCUGGAUUCAGAUCAUCCAGGACACAAUCAACACCCUGAACAGAGAUGAAGAUGAAGGAAUUCCUAGUGAGAAUGAGGAAGAAAAGAAAAUGUUGGACACCAAAGCCCGGGAGUUAAAAGAGCAACUUCAACAAAAGGACCAACAGAUCCUGCUUUUACUGGAAGAGAAGGAGAUGAUUUUCCGGGACAUGACUGAGUGCAGCACUCCUUUGCCAGAGGAUUGCUCCCCAACACACAGCUCUAGAAUCCUCUUUCGCUCCAACACAGAAGAGGCUCUCAAAGGAGGACCAUUAAUGAAAAGUGCAAUAAAUGAGGUGGAGAUCCUUCAGAGUUUGGUGAGUGGAAGCCUGGGAGGCACCCUUGGGCAGACUGUGAGCAGCCCUACUGAGCAAGAAGGCAUGGUGGGCCCUGUUUCCCUGCCCCGGAGAGCAGAGACCUUUGGAGGGUUUGACAGCCAUCAGAUGAAUGCUUCAAAAGGUGGUGAAAAGGAAGAGGGAGAUGAUGGCCAAGAUCUUAGGAGAACAGAAUCGGACAGUGGUUUGAAAAAGGGUGGAAAUGCUAACGUGGUAUUUAUGCUUAAAAGAAACAGUGAGCAGGUCGUCCAGAGCGUCAUCCAUCUCCACGAGCUCCUCAGCACUUUGCAGGGUGUGGUGCUGCAACAAGACAGCUACAUCGAGGACCAGAAGCUGCUGCUGACUGAGCGGACGCUCACACGGACGGCAUCCCGGCCCAGCUCCCUCAUCGAGCAGGAGAAGCAGCGCAGCCUGGAGAAGCAGCGCCAGGACCUGGCCAACCUGCAGAGGCAGCAGGCGCAGCACCUGGAGGAGAAGCGGCGGCGGGAGCGCGAGUGGGAGGCCCGCGACAGGGCGCUGCAGGAGCGUGAGGUGCGGCUGGCGCAGCGCGAGGACGAGCUGCGGCGAGGCCGCCAAGACCUGGAGCGCGAGCGGGAGGAGCUGCAGCAGAGGAAGGGCACCUACCAGAGCGACCUGGAGCGCCUGCGCGCCGCCCAGAGGCAGCUCGAGCGCGAGCAGGAGCAGCUGAAGCGCGACCGCGACGCCUGCCAGGUUUUCCAUCAACACACCAAGAUGAUGAGAAUCCCAUCCUUCUCACCCAGUCCUGAGGAGGCCCCCUUGCCAUCUGCACCUUCAAUAGCCAAAUCAGGGUCAUUGGACUCAGAACUCUCAGUGUCCCCCAAAAGGAACAGCCUCUCUCGGACACACAAAGAAAAGGGGACUUUUCACAUACUGGGUUCCACAAGCCAGACAAGCAGAAUACCAGAGGGUCAGAGCCAGACGCCAGUCUGCACCUCCACAUCCACCUCCACCCGCCUGUUUGGGUUAGCCAAGCCAAAGGAGAAGAAGGAAAAAAAGAAGAAGAGCAAAGGAAGCCGCUCGCAGCCCGGUGAUGGCCCUGCCUCGGAAGUAUCCGCAGAGGGGGAAGAGAUCUUCUGCUGACCUGCUCCUCUGCUGAGGCAGCUGCCUCCCAUCCCAGCCAGCGGCUGCAGCCCCGCCUCCUGCUGUCCUUUGUGCACACUCUCCGACACUGAUGCCCCAGCUCCAGCAUCCGGCCCUGCCACGCUGCCCCAGGUCCUGGGCCAGAGCAGCACAUUGUCUUGGGGAUCAGGGUGGGGAAGGAGGCCCGGGACUGGCAACCCAACAACUUGUGGGUUGGGGCCGGCCCUACUGAGGAUGUUACACCGAGAGUAGUGGCCCCAGAAGUCCAGGCAGUGGUUUUGGACAGGAAUUCCCAGAGGCUGAAAGUGUUUCCAAAUGAGGUCUGAACUCUGAUUGCCUUUUAUUUUGGGGAACAGAACCAAAAAUCCAACAGCAGAGAGUUUGAACUUUACCUAAAUGUGUACAAGAACCCGUCUGCAUAUACAGGGGUACGCGGAACUGCACAGGUCUGUCCCAGACGCCUGGCAGGCUCAGCUGUGCGCAAGGGGCGCUGCCCAGCACCAGUCAGGGAACGAGGCUCGGAGACUCACCCCCUGGUCCUCCAGGCUGUCUCCCUGUAAACCCACCCUGUGCACUCCUCAUCCUUUUUUUUGUGUGUAUGUCUCAUUUCACUUUAGAAGGGACAACAAACAUUUGUGAACCCCAGUGAGAGAAGGCUUGAUGUGUUUAAAAAGCAGAUGACCUGCACCACCUUAAUUUUGGUGUUUCAGUCACUCAAAAAAAAAAAAAAAAAAAAAAAAAAAGGCUAAUCUCAUCAAAUCCAGAAGAAAUCAUAUAGGUUCAAGGAUAUUUGCCCACAUGUUCUGGGCAUAGAUGAAGGAGACAGCCCACCUCACCAUCACCCUGCAGUGUGACACUUUUUGGUUGUCACCAGCCACUCAGAAGUGGCAGUAUUCCUGAGACCUCACGGUGGCUCUCCAGGGAAGCCACUCCUGCCUGGGGCUCCCCAUGGGAGAGGGUGGCCUGUUGGCGCGACUUACCCGCCCAGGUGGGGCCCCCGCUACUGGAGAGCUGGCCAAGAAGCAAGUUCAGCUAGGUGUUAGUCCCAUACUUAGUGGAUUCCACCAGUGCAGACCCAGGGAAGAGCUGGCCCAGAGAUGUGUGGCUUGGGAAAGUUCUGCUGUCAGGAGGCCUGGCAAGAUUUCAUUCCUCAGAAAAUUUUUAAAUCUGGAGGUCUGUUGGUUAUUGUACUUCACCCUUUUAAGAUGCUGCCUCUUUGUUCUUUUCCUUCUCUCUCUCCUGUCCCACUGUGUCUUGGUCUGUAUUCCCUGAGGCUUAUCACCAGCUGGGAGGUGCAGGGCGUGUCCCCUCCAGAGGCCGCUGCCCCUGCCAUGUGGUUACCCACCUUGAGGGGAAACCCUGGAAAAAUUCUCUGCUUUAAAUGUGGCCUUCGAUUCCUGCGUUUGCCCCUCAGGAGUAUGGGUCUUUAAACAUACUUUUAAAAACAAACAAAAAAAUCUGUAACUUGGUGCUUGUUGAUGAAUUGCAAGCUGGCCUUGCAGAUGGAGAUAUUUAUCUUUCAGUUUAUUUGAAAGAGGUCUGGUUUAAAAUUUUUAGCUUAGACUCGUUUUAUUUAUUUGUGUGUGUUUGUGUGUGUGUGUGUGUGUGUGAAAGGCAAACACACCAGCCCAACGGUUUCAACCAUCUUACCCACGCAGGAAGUGAACAGCAGCCCACGCUGCAUCCCUACCCUCCUUGUCAGUUAAAGUGCCUUGCAGGCCCAAAGGAAAAUGAAGGAUUGAGGGAAGGGUUUCCUUGCCUCCUUCCACCCCCACCUCGUCCUUUGAUCAAGGGAUGUCUUCUUCUCUCCUUGAGAAUUAAGAAACUCGCUACCCAGGGGCUAGAUGUGCCUAGUUUUGUCGUGGAGAUUUCUUACUUUUCAGAAAUAUACUUUUAGAACAGAACCAACUGAUUUUCUCUUGAACCGCAGAAAUAGACCACUGACAAACCCCCUUCCCCAAAGACCCUAAAGAGCAAAAAGUUAGAUUGUUUCCUGCCACCAGUCCAGCUCCAUAAGGCCGACCUGUCCCACUUUUCCUCAGAUCCAGCCGGAGCUCAGCCAUCUGUCUUUGUCACAGAGUCCCCUCUGUGGGUCCCUGUCCCACAGAGUGACACUCUGCUGGGAGGCACGGACCUGCAUCCUCCCUCUGUGCACGUGGGCUGGGCCUCCCUGGCUCAGGGAUGGUGGGAUUUGUUCUCACACGAGAGCUUCACAAAAAGCGCCCUGGACACUGAGUUUAUGUACAUCCCUGCACAGCUGGCUUUCAACUUUACAGUGUCUUUUACCCCCAGCCGGUUAUAAGGUUUUAGUUGCCUUGGUUGUUUGAUGGUAGUUUUUUUAAAUGGAAAUCCACCCCCAUGCACAGUCAUUGGGCCAGGUUCUGUUUGGACAGGUUUAGGGUCAGUCUCCCCAGCACAGUCUGCAGCACAGAGAGAACCACUUACCCAGACCCUUUGCCUUGACAUGGGACUUGGGGGCGUUGUGGCCACGCUGGGGAGCUGCCUGGGGUUGUUGCUGCUCCUGCUUCUGCUUAUGGCCUCGAGGCCCACCCUGGUUACUGAAGUUUCUUUCCUGUGAGAAGGGCUGCCUCCCAGGGCAACUCCGACCCAGUCCUCCCCAGUGUCCCCUGGCCAGGAUGCUGUGCUCUCUACCACGCGUGAGGAAUCAGGCACCUGACCUUGUGUUUAGGUUUGGGGGGACAGAUGGAGCCACCAUCCAGAGCCCCCAGAUUUCCGGAAUCUAAGUUUCUGGAAGAGGCCACAUCUUCUCUAAAGCUUCAUCUCAGUGGUUGUCAUCCCAGUCGGGAGACGCGUGCACUUUAAAUGCCCUCAACGGUUGGCUUCCCCUUCCAGACCAUCAACCAUGUUAGCUGUGUGCUUUGAAAAUGGAGAGGGUUAAAGACAUGCCAACUGCCACAAUCCAGCCUUUGCCAGCAUACUAUCUCCUACCCCCUUAAGAGCUGUCUUUGGGGAAGAAAUCAUCAAGAUGUUUUUUUGUAAAGGUACGAGUCUUUUUUUCCUCUUGUGUCUCAGGGUAAUACCACUAAGAGUUGUUCCUCUGCUGAUAGUCUCCCUAUUUGUUCUCUUCCCAUGCCCCUAGUACUAGCAGUAGUGAGCAAAAGUUUUCGAGACUCUUGGAAUUUGCUGUAUCUUCAUGGGGGGAGGGGGGCGGGUAUUAGUGGGUAGGGGUUUAAUAGGCCCAGCCUUAAAUAAAAGGUAGCACCGUAACCUUAGACUUCACCCAAGGGUGCCAGUCACAGAGAUACUGUAUUUGUCAUCUGUUGGUCCCAAAGCUGCCUUCUCCAUGGCCAGUUCUUUCUCCCCAAGGGCUUGGUAUUGGCCUUGGAGCUGCAGUUGUCCAUACAGUGUUGAUGGGGAUGCCACUUGUGCCCUGUGGACAGGAAAGCCUGUUGAGAGAGACAGUCCUGUGGCUUGGAGGGGACCCCGGACUCUGCCAGGGGGCAUCAACCCCCCCAUGCCUGGACACCCUUGGAAUGCGGAAGCCCAGAAAGAGCUUUAGCCUGUGGUUUCUGAGGCUGUGGUGGCAGUGGUUGGCUGAGGGAUGUGUGACUUGCCUUCCUGCAGCAGGACCACGGGACACACAGGCUGUGGUCCUGGGGUCCCAGCCCCACCUGGCGCAGUUGCUGUGAUUGAUCCUCAGAGACAAAGAAGAGGGCAGAGCAUUUGUUUGUUGUGGUUCUUCAUUUUCCUUCAGCGUAGCGUAACAUUCCUAGUUAACCAGCGCUUUGCAAUCUGCUGCCUGCUGGCCAGGUUUUACAAUGAAAAUCUUCUAAUGCUGCCGUAACGGGGGAAAAAAGGAAGGGGAAAAAAAGGCUUCUCUCCACGUACCAGUCUAAUUUAGUUUGUGAAAAGCUUGACAGACCUUGAGUUAGUUCUCCAUCUCGCUAAGGUUUAAAGACGGCAGACCCAACUGGUUAAAGUCUUUCCUGCCACAGACCGUGACGGCCUGCUCCAGACACGCAGGCGGAACCCGGCCUCUGCUCACCCCAGUCGUCACCCCGCUUGAAUGAUUCUGCCUUUCGUGACCACCUGCCAGGUUGGGCGGCUUGAGGGCACUGACAGGGACCUGUUGGUUGGCUGGCCCGCAGUCACAGUGUAGUCUGUGGAUUCCUGCGUGUCACCCCGUCAGCGCGCAGGAGAUCAGGAGACGCCAGGGUUUAUGCAGGAGGGCGAUUACCUACACCUCAUACCUCUGCUCUCAUUGUUGUUUCCAGAUGCUAUAGGAACAUUUCUGUGCUGAAUCCUAUUAGAUUAAAAAGGGGUUAAAACCCAAAUGCUGUAUAUUAAUUUGUAAUUAUGUAUAAAGUAAAGCAGUUUUAAACUGUAAAGAUUUUUUUUCAGUGUGUUUUCUGAAAUUUUGCCACAACAUACCGGCUUUGUAUUUUAUUUAUCAUCUUUUCUAGUUAUUGGCUUCAGACUCUUGUAAAGUCUCCCUCCACCCUUUCAAAAAAUAAAUGUCCUUUAAGUCUCAA